AUGCUUGCCCCGGGGAAUGUGAGCUUGAGAACAGUCAGCUCAAGCAGACCACAGCUGUUUCGCACCGAGUCGCAGCAGUCCGCCGCUGCUUCGGACGACUACUACUCCCUCUCCAGCCAAACACCCACCAGCCGUUCGGCGAGCGGCGGCAGCCGAACAACAGUGGUGCGAUACGCGACGCCGAACUCACAUCCCGUAUCGCGCACUUCCUCACCAGCCGUAUCUCGAACGCUCCUAGCCCCGCCCACUGCUGUUCGGCGAACAGAACACAGUCCUAUGCGACCACCUGAACCGCGGGAGACUUUCGUGACACAGAUUGACAGCGCAAGUCAGUCUUCUGAAAGUAGGAACGCUCAGCUCGGUUUAUCGAUGGACGGGGCUGGCGGCGAGCCCGUGAGGGACAGCUAUGCGGGGCGCGAGCCGACGCCAGGGAUGGACGACUCGCCGUACAUUCGCUUUGCGAUCAACCAGCUCACGCGAGAGGGGGAGGAAGAUGAUCCGAGGAGGUCAGAGGAGAGUGGAUAUGAAUCAACUCCGGCCGAGCGUCUAGUCUGGGACGGCAGCUUGGGUCAUUUUGUUCGCGCCGUUACGCCUGCGCCGCAGCAGCAAUUGCUACCAGAAAGAGACCCGCAGGCUUCAGUCGACCCAGAAGCAUUUGUUGCCGUUGAGCCACCAGAAGGGAACCUUAUAUACCCGGCGCUGGACUUUGUGCCCGCUGUCCUUCGGCCAUGGGCACUGGGUCUAGCCAUAUUUUGCGUGCUGUUAAUGAUCGCUGGUAUCGCAUUCAGCAAUGCUUGGUCCGAAGAUCACCAAGGGAUUUGGGGGUACGAUGGACGAACUGGUGCGCGGUACUUUGUUGUGCAGUUCUUACCGCAAACCUUGGGGAUUAUCAUCUCGAUUUUGACAUUCGUCAUCCAGGCCGCUGUGUAUCGCAUAAUGCCCUUUGCGAUAAUGGCAUCUGAGCGGCCGUACAAGAAAGUCUUACAGGGCCUGCCAAUUGUGCCAAAGAACUUCUUGCUACCGGAUUUCUCGCAUUUCAUCCACGGCGAGGCGGUGAUCGGCUUUUCAAUAUUUGCGAUUUGGCUGUCCAACUUCAUUGCUGUGCCUCUACUAAGUUGUUUCUUCCAAGCGAAGUGGUACGUUAUAGAUGGCGAAGGAACUUGGCGUUGGGAUGCAGUGAGAGCUGUUGGCUGGACAUUGAUAGCGAUCUAUGGUUUGCUUGCGCUAGGGCUUCUGUCGCUGAUGCUUCGGUUUCUGCGCACCUGGUCGGGGUUAAUGUGGGACCCUGUUUGCAUUGCAGACUUGAUCACCGUUAUCCAGCGGUCGAAUGUGCUGCCUGACUUUGAGUAUACGGAGACAGUCACCGACGUUGGGGAAGCGCUGAAGCCGAGGACACUUCGAUUGGGUUAUUGGCAGCUCUCCCAAGGACGACACCCGGAAAUAUUCUAUGGUAUGGGAGAGGCUGGGGGCACAGUUGGCAAUCCGUCCCUUCAUAUUUCGCCCAGGAUCCGCCGAGAGCAGCUUUCCAAAGUGUCGUUCGAUGCCGAAAAGCAAAGUAUGACGGGAAAGGAUGGCGCCGAAGAGCUGUACUCACCAACUGUUCGCUACCGAUGGGCGCCAUGGUUCCUUCGAAAGCCAGCCGUUAUUGCCUGGACAGUGGUCAUCUGUGCACUAUUCAUCGCUUUCGUCGUCGUCAGUUUUGUUAACGAAGGGGUCGCGGAAGGGUUCCCUCCACACUUGUCGACGCGGCCGUCCUCUACCGCGUUCUCGUCCUCCAACUUUCUGUACAGUUUCAUACCGGCGUUGAUUGGAAACUUUCUAUUCCUUGCUUGGCAGCACAUCGAUAUCUACUUCCGUGCGCUGCAGCCAUAUGUCAUGCUGUCGUCUCCGGAAGGUGCCACUGCAGAGCAGAGCCUACUACUGGCAUAUCCAUCUCUCCUUCCCUUCGAAGUCACAAUUGCAGCGCUUGCGAACAAGCAUUACAAAGUGGCCUGGAUUUCCCUCAUCAGCAUCGUCUCCUGCGCCAUACCAAUCCUGGCCGGCGGGGACUUUAUCGCCCUUACCUACGAAGAGAACACAAUCAAGAUAACGCCUCUUAUGUCUGCCUUCUAUGCGAUUGUUGCCUUCUGCGCGGUCUACAUGGUCUCUUUCUUGGCUAUCUGGCCCGGACGCCGCCGCUAUCUACCCCACGACAUCAGCACUCUGGCCGAUCAGAUCAGCUUCCUCUAUCAAAGUCCCAUGCUUUCCGACAAGCUACUGCGGGAGCCACGCAGCAAGACCGAUCUUGUUACCCGACUCGUGAUCACUCCACCUGGCGACAAGGAUUAUCCCAGGUACGGUUUUGGUAUCUACGUGGGCCGUGACGGCAGGGAGCACCUUGGUAUCGAUCGGUUCAGUCGGCCGGGCCGCGCUGAUAUGCUGAUUACGACGAACUCGAUGAAGUAA